CAGAAGCAGGUUUAUGAGGGUUUUGGAAAACUUUCCGACGAGGACUCCAUCACAAACACACAACACAAAUGGAUUUGAUACACACAACCAAACGAAAACGCGAUAGCGACGAAGCCAUUACCAACGGAAUCGACCUUUCCUUACUGGAAGAAAUCGAAAAAUCCCAACAUUCAAUCGAAUCAGUCGACAUAAAAACCCUAAAAAAACUCGUUCUCUCUUUUGAACGGCGGUUCCAUGAAAACAUCGCUGCCCGUCUCAAAUUCCCAGAAAACCCAGAAAAGUUCGCUGAUUCUGAAAUCGAACUCCAUCAAGACAUCGAAAACAUGAAGAUCCUUGCAGGCGCCCCUGAACUGUACCCGGAGUUGAUAAAUUUGAAUGCAGUGCCUUCUCUCAUGGACCUUUUGAACCACGAUAACACGGAUAUCUCGAUUGACGUGGUAAGUCUCUUACAAGAUUUAACUGAUGAGGAUGUUUAUGAUGAAAAUGAUGAACCUGUUAAGAUGUUAGUUGAUUGUUUGUUAGAGAAUAAUGUGUUGGAAUGUUUAGUUAAUAACUUGUUGAGGCUAAAUGAGUCUGACCCAGAUGAGGUUUCGGCUGUUUAUAGUACUUUAACGACUAUCGAGAAUUUGAUUGAGGUGAAGCCUGCAGUGGCUGAAUUAGUGUGUGAAAAGACUAAAUUGUUGAGGUGGAUUGUGGGGAAGAUUAAAGUUAGGGAGUUUGAUAGCAAUAAGCAGUAUGCGUCCGAAAUACUUGCCAUUUUGUUGCAGACUAGUGUCGCGAAUCAGAAGAGGUUAGGACAGAUGAACGGCGUGGAUGUGAUUCUGCAGGCUGUUGCCAUGUAUAAGUCGAGGGAUCCUAAGAGUUUGGAUGAGGAAGAGAUGGUUGAGAAUUUGUUUGAUUGUUUGUGUUGUAUGUUGAUGCCUUUGGAGAAUAAGGAGAGGUUUUUGAAAGCGGAAGGUGUUGAGUUGAUGAUUAUUAUUAUGAAUCAGAAGAAGUUGUGUUAUGGGUCUGCCAUUAGGGCGCUUGAUUUUGCUAUGACUAAUUAUCCGCCUGCUUGUGAACGCUUUGUUGAUGUUAUGGGGCUUAAGACUGCUUUCCCUGCUUUCAUGGGUAAGAUUCCAACAACCAAAAACAAGAAAAAGAGAUCCAAAGAAGAGUUGGAGGAGCGUCUUAUAUCACUAGUCGCAUCACUUUUUGGUGGAGUGCUAAGGGGUUCAAGAAGGGAAAGACUACUAAGUAAGUUUGUUGAAAAUGAGUUCGAAAAGAUAGACCGGCUUAUGGAACUUUAUAUGAGGUAUGCAAACAGAGUGAAAGAAGAAUCUGAAAGGCUGGACGAACUAGAGUUGGACGAUCUAGAGAUGGAUGAAGAUGAAAAGUACAACCGAAAGCUGGAAUCUGGUCUGUAUUCUCUUCAGUUAAUUGCAGUUAUUCUAGGUCAUCUUUGGACCUCUGAUCAUCCUCGAAUAAGAUCAAGAAUAGAGUUACUACUCAAGCAACAAAAGUUGACUAAGAAGGAUGUCAAGAAUGUUCUGCAGGAAUAUCAUGACAACAUUGGUGAUCUGGAUGGGCCAGAUGAGAAAGAGAAGGCGCAAUUAAAGAUCCAGAGAUUCAUCGCUGCUUUGUGAGUCGAAAUGACAGAUCCUGUAUUCAGUGCUAAAGAUGAAUGACAUUAAGUGUUGCGUGAUAGACCAAAGUUUUGUUGUAAUGUUUCUAUUUCAACCUUUAAUGGCCUUGGUAUCUGUAGAAGUUAGAUGCGAUUAGCAAGGUCAUAUCAGGUGUACUUUAGGUUACUAUGUUUGUUUAGAAAUAUUUGAAAGGAGUUCUGAUUUGUACCUUUAAUUCAGGAACCCAAUCUAAUGCAAUAGUUAAAACAGUUAUUUUAUGACCUGCAAA